AUGCAUUCAUGGUGUCGCAGACUGAGGCCAGCGAACUCUAUCUUUCAAGCUGAACUACUUUCAUUAAAAAAAGCAGUACAUCUUUCAAGUCAAUUUCCAUCACAAGUGGAAAUUUACAGUGAUUCAUUUUCUAGUCUGGAGGCCAUAAAGGGGGAAAAUUCAAGAAAUACAAUAGUAGCAGAGAUAAAAAUCCUUCUUCUUAACCUUCCUGCCUCUUCUAGACCCUUAUUGAGCUGGGUUCCCGCUCAUAGGGGGAUUUAUGGCAAUGAGUUGGCAGACCAGUUGGCAAAAGAAGCGGUAAGAGGGAAUAAUCUUCCUCAAUAUUCAUUGCCUUUACCAUUUUCUUAUAUUAAGAGAUAUACAAAAGAGAACUUAACUCCAGCAAUGGCAAAAAAAGUGGGAACCUCCACAACGGGCAGAAGAACUUUUAAAUUUUUGCCAAAGGUUUCGGAAACAUUUUUGGUUUCAUCUGCAGCGCAGCCAACUUUUCUCAUGGGACACGGUCCCUUUCCAUCGUUUUUAUUCCGAUUUCAUCUUAAGAAAGAUGACAAAUGUCACUGUGGAAGUAUUGGGUCUCCAGACCAUUUUGCUUUUUCUUGGCCACUCACCGCUGAAUUUCAUCUGCAAAGACCAUCAGACUUAUAUUGGAGUGAAUGGACUAAAUCACUAUUAAAAACGACAAAUUCUUCAGCACAGAUUAACUCAAAUUUUUAA